UGUGAUUGGUCCAGGCGUGUUCCGCUUGACGUGCGCAGUCCAGGCGAGUCACCUUGCUGUACACAGUAGCAGCCGUAUAUCAGCGGAGCGGCAGAAGCGAAGGUGUCCUCCAGAAACCCGAACCAGCACUGCAGCCAUGGCAGCCGCAGCGGACACGGCCAAACCCAGGCCCAAAACCUCGCCCAAAUCUAUUAAGUUUCUCUUCGGUGGCUUGGCUGGGAUGGGCGCCACAGUGUUUGUGCAGCCGCUAGACCUGGUGAAGAACCGAAUGCAGUUGAGCGGUCAGGGCUCCAAGGCUCGCGAAUACAAGACCAGCUUCCAUGCUGUGACCAGCAUCCUUCGCAACGAGGGCAUCCGCGGUAUCUACACCGGGCUUUCUGCGGGUCUGUUGAGGCAGGCUACCUAUACCACGACCCGUUUGGGCAUCUACACGGUCCUGUUUGAGCGCAUGUCCAAAGCAGACGGCACACCUCCUAACUUCUUCAUGAAGGCUUUAAUAGGAAUGACUGCUGGGGCCACGGGGGCGUUUGUUGGGACUCCAGCUGAGGUGGCACUUAUUCGAAUGACGGCUGAUGGGAGGUUGCCUGCAGAUCAAAGGAGGGGUUACACAAAUGUCUUCAAUGCCCUCAUCAGAAUUACUAGGGAGGAGGGAGUGUCCACACUCUGGAGGGGUUGCGUACCCACCAUGGCUAGAGCAGUUGUUGUGAACGCAGCCCAACUUGCUUCAUAUUCCCAGUCCAAACAAGCACUGUUGGACUCUGGAUAUUUCAGAGAUGAUAUCCUGUGUCAUUUCUGUGCCAGUAUGAUCAGUGGACUUGUCACCACUGCUGCCUCCAUGCCAGUAGACAUUGUUAAGACCAGAAUCCAGAACAUGAGAAUGAUUGAUGGGAAGCCCGAGUACAAAAAUGGUUUGGAUGUAUUGGUGAAGGUCAUAAGGAAGGAAGGAUUCUUCAGUCUGUGGAAGGGGUUUACUCCUUAUUACGCUCGUCUCGGGCCCCACACAGUUCUCACCUUCAUCUUCCUGGAGCAGAUGAACAAAUUCUACAAGAUCUAUUUCCUUGACUCCUAGAUUUGCCCUGAAGGUCAUCGGUGGACAGCACAGGCCAUGUUUCCACAUUGUGUUUCUCUCCCACAUCCAGUUUACCAGUAUAGUUUCUGUUUUUUGAUGGUUGGUAACAGAACCACUUUACCAACUGGGUUGUGACCCUUUGCUGUGGUGGUGACUGUGAAGACAAUUCGGACUCUUAUAUUACGUACACAGACUGACUAGCUAAACUAUAAAUUGAAUUGAAUGAAGGGAUUGUUCACACCAGUCAAUAUCCCUCUUUUAGUUUUAAAUGAUAUUUAUGUAACCCCCACCUUCCACACAAAUGUUUCCUCCUUAACGGUCAACAGCUGUACUGACCUGUCAACAGAAGUAGUUGUGAGGAAGACGCUGAACCUGUAUUCUGAGUGAAAUCAUAAAAGGUUUUCUCUUUAUUUCAUAAUAAUUCUGAUUCUUACCAACAUGCACAACAUGGUGAGCAAAAUACCUAUGAUCCCAAUCCACCCUAUGUCCUAACAUAAAGGACUGCUUUGCAGUGAACAUUUGGUGAUGUUUGCUAACGUUGAGCACAAUUAACUGGAAAUUGUGUUGUAAUAAAGAUAAUGUGGUGUGUAAAGGCCACUACCACACCAUAUA